CUCAUUUCACAUCAGACUGAUAGUACUCAAUGUCAGAGCUGCACUCAGAUAAUUCCAGGAAGAUCUGAUUUAGAUUUAGUUGGAGAAGAAGAGGAGCAGUUCAUUGAAGAAACAUGAGAAAAUAUCAGCUUGAUAUGAAAGCACAGGACAGUUCCGCUUGUUCUGUCAGCGUGAUGUAUGAUGUUCACCUCCAGACCUGCCAUGAUGAGCCCCGGAAAGGCUCCAGUUAGCUUCCGUUCACUGCUGCUCCUUGUCGGGCGGUGCUAAACAUACAGUAUACUGCAUACAGCAUCGCAGAGGCGCAUCACUGGACAAUGGACUGCGGGGGGAUGAUGCCGACACUGAUAUCUUUUCUCAGUUUGUUGCUGUUCGCCGAAAUCCUCAUGGCGAAAGAUUGUUUAAUCUGCCCGAAUCCGACAGUCAGGACAAAAGAAGGCGAUGACGUUGUUCUUCAGUGUUACGCACAACCCAUGGUGAACUUAUCUUUCUACACCGUGGACGUGAAGAGAGCUGGUCACAAAGGUGUGGUGCAUGCAUAUCGACAUGGACACGACCAUCAUCGCGACCAGAUGUAUGAGUACAUAAACAGGACGACCCUCAUCCAUGAGGACCUGGGCAGAGGGCUCGUGACGCUGCGGAUCUCCUCAGUGAGGCAGUCUGACAGUGGCCCUUACAAGAUCUAUGUCCCAAAAACUGACUGCAGUUUCAUUAUGAAUAUAACUGUUGGUAAGCAUGCCGAGUUUAAUACUGCACAGAUUAAUGUAUAAAACUAGACAAUUCCCCGCCGGGGAAUCGCGAGAGUGGGCUGUGCGCUUUGCCCCGGGUCGAAAAAACUAUGAAAGCUACCAAAAAAGUUGAAUCCCACAUUGAUAAUUUGGACUUGUAUCUACAUUUUAAACUUCGAAUGGUGUGUCCAGGUUAAAGUAUGCCAGAGAUGUCGAUGUCUGAAAAACAAAGUUUCAUUUUUUUU